AUGAGGACGCUGCUGGUCAUCCUGGCGGCGGGAUCCCUUGUCGCUCACUUCGCUGAGGACACCUCAGAUCUUCUCCAGCACGUGAAAUUCCAGUCCAGCAACUUCGAAAACAUCCUGACGUGGGACAGCAGGCCGGAGAGUGGCCCAGACACUGUCUACAGUGUGCAGUAUAAGACUUACGGAGAGACAGAGUGGCAGGCAAAGGAGGGCUGCCAGAGGAUCACCCGGAAAUCCUGCAACCUUACCAUGGAGACAGGCAACCUUACGGAUUUCUACUACGCCCGGGUCACCGCCAUCGACGUGGGAGGCCGGUCCGCCACUAAGAUGACCGACCGGUUCAGCUCACUGCAGCACACUAUCAUCAAACCACCUGAUGUGACUUGUAUCCCCAAGGUGAGAUCCAUCCAGAUGAUUGUCCAUCCCACCUACACACCCAUCCACACAGGGAAUGGCCACCGGCUAACCCUGGAGGACAUCUUCCAGGACCUGUUCUAUCACUUAGAUCUGCACAUCAACCACACCUACCAAAUGCACCUUGGAGGCAAGCAGAGAGAAUUUGAGUUCUUUGGCCUGACCCCUGACACGGAGUUCCUUGGGACCAUCGUGAGUUUAGUUCCAACCUGGUCCAAGAAGAGCAUCCCGUACAUGUACCGAGCGAAGACGCUGCCAGAUCAGACGUGGACCUACUCCUUUUCCGGAGCCUUCCUGUUCUCCAUGGGCUUCCUGGUCGCCGGGCUCUGCUACCUGAGCUACAGAUAUAUCACCAAGCCGCCUCCACCUCCCAACUCCCUGGAUGUCCAGCACGUACUGACCUUCCAGCCUCUGCAGUUCAUCCAGGAGCACAUCUUAAGCCCCGUCUUUGACCUCAGUGGCCCGAGCGGCCUGGUGCAGCCUGUCCAGUACUCCCAAGUCAAGGUCUCUGGGCCCAUCGAGCCUCCAGGAGCCCCACCGCGACACAGCCUGUCUGAGGUCGCCUACCUUGGGCAGCCGGACCUCUCCAUCCUCCAGCCCUCUGGCGGGCCACCUCUCCAGACACUUCCCCCACUGUCCUAUGCCCCCCAGGCUGCCCCUGAGGGCGGGCCCCUGUCCUAUGCACCUCAGGUAAUCGCCAAAACUAACCCCCCCUCCUACACUCCCCAGGCCAUCUCAGAGGCCCAGCCUCCUUCCUACACCCCUCAGGCCACUCCGGACAGCUGGACUCCUUCCUACGGGAUAUGCGGGGAAGGCUCUGGCAGAGACCCCCCACCUAUGACACUCUCUGGUCCCAAACAUCUCGGAACUAAGGGUCAGCUCCAGAAAGAGGCACCAGCUGGAAGCUGCAGCCCAGGUGGCCUUUCUCUGCAGCAGGUGACCUCCUUGGCUAUGGAGGACCCCCAAGAAGUAAAAUCCUUCCACCAGCAUCUGGGGGUUCACACGGACAGAGAACCUGACUCUGAUGUCAUACGCAGAGGAGAGCCAAGGACACGAAGCUACGUAAAGGGCCAGCUGCCCCUCCUCUCCUCUGUCCAGAUCGAGGGUCACCCCGUGUCCCUCCCUUUGCAGACUCCUUCCCGCCCAUGUUCCCCCACAGACAAGGGUCCGCGUCCGUGGGGCUUGCUGGAGUCCCUCGUGUGUCCCAGUGAUGAGGGUCCAGCAUCCGAGACUGAGGCCCAGAGCCCAGGCCCUCGGGCCCCAGACCUGGAGUCGCCCAUGGAGCUGGACUCUCUGUUCAGAGGCCUGGCCCUGACGGUGCAGUGGGAGACCUGA